AUGCCGAUAGAUUACUCUAAGUGGGACCGACUGGAGUUAUCGGACUCCGAGGAGGAGAACAAACCUCGUGUAAUAAAGUUGGACCGUACUCAGCGGGUUGAGCUUGGUCGAGACGGCUACAACAUUGUGUCUGGCACCGUGAAUACGGGUGCUCCUUGCGAAGUCGCUACCCAAUACAAAUUUUGGAAGGAUCAUCUUAAGAACGGCAAUGUGGUUGUAAGAUCUCACGCAUUCUCGCAGGACCGUUACGAUAUUUGUCUUCUUAUCGCCGUGCGUGAAGAGGCACGGCCGGGGUUAGAGGUCGAGGUGACGGAAUCCCAUAUCCGUAUUAUUGCUAAAGGUGUGGAAAUUUUUAGCAAGGAGUUCUUCGCAAAGGUUAAAAGCGACGAUGACUAUGUAAACUGGCAAAUUGUGCGCAAGUACGUGGAUUGGAACGCUCUGGAGUCGUACUGCCACAACGCCAGCCUUGGAGCGUCGGGUGCCGACAUGGUAUUCACCGAGUUCUAUGAGCAGAUGUUCGUGGAGGUUGAUCUUAAAAAGCAAAACACUAUAGACGAGUGCUUUUUAUGGUGGGCCAAAGCCUUCAAGGACGACGUGCCGUCUAUACGAUUCGAGAGUCAGGGGGGCACCGCAUUUAAGGAAUCAUGGAACCAGGCCCAUGAAGCCUUCAAACAGCGUGUGAAGAGUUUUCAGAAGGUGCAACUAUGA